AUGGCGAAUGCUUUCGGUACGGCAUGGCGCUCCUUUUGGCAUACCAUGACCUCCUAUGACCGUCAUGCCUCCCACGAUUCCCCCUACCGCACCGGCCGACACGUCCCCCUCAGUCAAAGUCGCCAUGAACCUCUCACAUCCAUUGCUACCAGCGCGCUCGAGUCUCGUCCCGACCUGUCGAGCCCUUACGAUGAUGAUUCCUCCAAGGGAAUCACAACCGUCCAAGCCAACGAAUUAGACGGUUCCCCGACCGACGGAGGGUCUCCAGCCCGCCCUUACUCUCCCGGCAUGAGGUCAUUCACAUCGCAACAACGGAAAUCAAACGACCAGGAUGGCCCCGGCGAGAUUCAAAUGCAGAGUUUCCACGACGGUGCCCCUCCGCCUCCGCCCGUCGCUCACUCCUGGAGAAAGAUUGAGCGCUGGCUCGAGCACAAUUAUGAAGAAUUGCUGGAUCAGCUUGGCGAGGGAUGCACCCAGAACGACAUUAACGAAUUAGAACACGAGCUUGACUGCUCUCUACCAUUGGAAGUGCGUGAGUCUCUCAUGAUUCACGACGGUCAAGAGCGCCCCGGUCUGCCCACGGGUCUCCUGUUCAGCUGCAUGCUUCUGGAUUGCGAGGAGAUCGUGCAAGAGCGCACCAACUGGAAGACCGUCAACGAGGAAUAUCUCAGCUCAGCCCAGGUCCACAAUGCCCCCAUCUCCAGCUCCGCCGCCGGUCCCUCUUCCUCCGCAGCUCAACAGCCGCCGACAAUGUGGCGAAACGACCUCCUCGAUCGCCAAGACUCACAACCCCCGGGCGCCGUGCAAAAGGCCUACGCCCACCCUGCCUGGAUCCCCCUGGCCCGCGACUGGGGCGGCAACCACCUCGCCAUCGACCUGGCGCCCGGACCCGCCGGAAAAUGGGGCCAGGUCAUCAUUUUCGGUCGCGACUACGACUGUAAAUAUGUGGUCGCCCGAUCCUGGGCUGCCUUCCUGGCCGUUUUCGCCGACGAUCUCUGCAGCGGGAAGACAAUGGUGGACGAGGAGACCAACGAGCUGAAAUUGAAGGAAUUCAAAUCACAGAACGUCGAACCCCCAUACCUGGAGAUCUUGCGCUGGAGGACCGAUCAGAAGUACGGCCGUCGCCAAACACGUCGACGUGGUGGUCCCAACGGUCUCGGCGUAAAUGCGUCAGGCAAGGGCUCAGCUUCCAAGGAUUCACCCUACGGUAGCCCGACGCGCGCUGAAGAGCGUGGUCGUUCGCCGCACCGUUUCCCGAACCGUGGCCCUGCGCAAAGUCCUAAGACCCCAUUCGGCGUGUCGAGCCCGUUAGCCCGUGUUACGGAGACGGAGGAAUCCUCUAGCCCCAUCGCUACGUCCGGCCCGACGAUCUCGGAGGAUCCAAAGGAAAAUGGUAAAGAGAAGCAAACACAGCAGCAAACAGAGGAUCUGAUGGAGGUGGCUACCCCACAAAUUUCUAAUAAGGAGAAUGAGGGAUUCCCCGUCCCUGGCAAGGCCGCUGAGUCGAGCGCCAAGUCAGAGGCAGAGAAGGCGGAGAAGGAGGGCGAGGAUGAGGCUGGUUCAUCGAAUGUUGCUGAUUCGGAGGUCCUGGGGGAAAUGAAGAAUGUGGCCAUUUAA